GUUAGAGGUCUCUUAAGAAAUGUGUAAUAAAUCGGCAAGUCCCAUUGAAUUCUUUGGAACGUUAUAAGAAGCUUACGGUUGUAUGAAUGCUGUCGAGUAAAUGGUCUUUCCCCUCUGUUGAUACCAUUAGUACAUGAUUUUCUCCAAAGGUCAAACUCAUUGUCACCUCCGACAUGUUAUGUACAUUUUGAGCCAACUUGACGUGUAUCUUCAGAUAGGUCCUGGAUUUAUUACUGACCACUAGCAAACACUCAUGGCUGAAUGUCCAAGCCAAGGAUCUCUUGAGGAGGUGGAAGCUUUGGCCACGCUGAUCAGUGGCAAGAUCAAGCAUGCUCCCAAAGUUGGAAUCGUGUGUGGGUCGGGGCUUGGUGGACUGGGAGAGAUGGUGGAGGACAAACAAAUCAUCAAAUACUCCGAACUGGAUGGGUUUCCUGUCAGUACUGUGCCUGGUCAUUUAGGACAGUUUGUGUUUGGACUGUUGAAUGGUACCCCGGUCAUGUUGAUGCAGGGACGAGUUCAUGUGUAUGAAGGGUAUCCUUUACAUCGAGUUGUUUUGCCCAUCAGGGUGAUGUGGAAAAUGGGAGUCAAGACCCUGUUUCUUACCAACGCAGCUGGAGGAAUCAACCCCGAAUACAAAGUGGGAGAUGUCAUGAUCAUGAAAGACCAUCUCAAUCUACCUGGGUUUUGUGGAGUCAACCCCCUGAUGGGGAUCAAUGACGACAGAAUUGGUCCAAGAUUCCCGCCGAUGUCUGAUGCUUACAAUAAGAAGUAUAGAGACAUUGCCAAAGAAACAGCCAAGGAGCUAGGGUUCAAUGACUUUAUAAGGGAAGGAGUUUACAGCUUUCUGACUGGGCCCACAUUUGAAACGGUCACGGAGUGCCGGCUACUACGCCUGUUAGGAAGUGAUGCAACAGGAAUGAGCACUGUUCCUGAGGCCAUUGUUGCCCGCCAUUGUGGAAUGGAGGUGCUAGCAAUGUCCCUGAUUACAAACUGUUGUGUGAUGGAGUUUGACUCGGAUCAGAAAGCCAAUCACGAGGAAGUAUUGGAGACUGGUAAAGCCCGAUCCAAGGACAUGCAAAAACUAAUCUCAAAGAUUGUAGAGAAAAUUGCUUCAUAAUCCAUGUUUUCAAAUUUUGUACAAAUUCAAUUAUUGUAGAUGUGUUGGUUUAUACCAACUUCUGAACAACUUUGUACAAAUUUUCUUUUGAAAGACAGAUAAUCAGAGUUAUUCAGAAGUUGUUGUAACAUUUAUAUUUUGUUCGGAAAUGUAAAUUCAUGUUAACAUUUAAUCCAAUUGCAUCCAAAGAGUUUACAUUCCAUUAUUAUUAAUAUUACAGUAUACAUAAUGUAUAUGGUUAUACUGGUGGUAAAUCUUUACACUGUACAUUGUGUCAAGUAUGCUUGUUAGUGAAAUACAUAUAUUGUUGAUACAUAGCAAUACAUCUAUUUAGACUCCAGACAUAGUAAAUAAGGGAAUCUGAAGAUGUAGAAUUUUUUUGUGAAAUUUUAAACAAGAUUAUAAGAUUAUGGUUCAAAAUGCAAAGAUACCUUGUUGGAGCAGAUUAUGAAAUGAUAGAUGAUGACAGCAGACUGGUGUAGAUGUGAAUUGUGUGCAUUGGCUGCACAUUAUUUUCUGUAUUAAUGUAAGUUUACUACCGGUGUAUUAAAGUAUUAGUACGAUUGAUUGAUGCUGGGGAGAUCUCUGUCACUGCUCACUGCUUGUAUGUUAUAGACAGGUUGAAUGGCUGUUGAAUUGUUAUUCACCUGUCACAGGUGUUUCAUUCAGGUGUUUUAUUCCGUCUCUCUGGUGGUAGUGGUGUGUAUGGAUAUAUUUUGCAUAUCAUAAAGGGUUGCUAAGACAACCAAACUUAUUCUUAUGUUGAUCUGUGAUGGAUUUAUCUGGUACAUGGAAUAGCUAUUUUAAAUAAAGGUGUUGGUCAGCAGUUUUUAAUUCAUUUUUGAAACAGAAGGCUGGCAUAAUUUUAUGAUGUUAUUGAUGUUUCUAAGAAUUACAAUCCUUACCUGUCUUAAACAUAACCUGUAUCCUGUGUGCUUUACCUGUCCUGUAACUUUACGACCUGAUACUGUAAAGAUGUUUCAUCAUUAUCACUCAGGUAGUCAAUGAAACAGGUUUGUAACCUAGGCAGAUGUGAUAAUUCAUCUCUUUAUUGGAAAUCUCAGUUUUGUUAAUGUACCAUUAAUAUGAUGUACCAUUUACACUGUUUUUUUUUUUUAUAAUAUCUCAAUUAACACUUGCUAUUAGUCUCACAUUCCACUGUUAUAUUGAUAUACACUAUCAUCUUUGUAAGCUAUUACACAAAGCUAUUUGUGAUGCUUUUUUUUUGCUAAAUUUUUUUUUUUUUGGUACUUUAUUUUAUCAUCUGAUUUCAUAAAAGUAUAUAUAAAUUUUAAUUUCAUUUACAUCAAUUGUACAUACUUUCAAAAGAUGGACUAGAUUUGAGUUUUAUUUUAACCCUCAUGUAAUUAUACUUGGGUAUAUGUCCCAUGAACAGCCCUGCUCAUCACACAUAGUUUCUGGUUGUGAUUGAACCACACCUUCCUUCAGGGACCAGUAUCAUAAUUUUUCGUUCAACUGUUUUUGUUAUCUUUUUCGGAUUUUCUUCCUUUGUUCUGAAUAUUUUGAAAUUCAAAUUAUGUGAAUAUAGCAAUUUAUAUAUAAUGUUCUAUUUAAAAUAUGAUAAAGUAUUGAAAUAUUCAAAUACUUUAUGAUAAUUUUUACUGGUAAUAAAUAAUGCAGACUAUGGUUUUUUGAAUUCCAUUUUCAAAGUCUUAAUUACUAUUUUGCUGUUGGAAAGACCAUUGUGUAGAAUCAAUCAAAUAAACGCGAUGGGUGACAAAGAGAAACAUCAUUGUUGUUCUGUUGUACUGUGUGAUUAGCUGGUCGUCAGUAUUUUAGAAUUUUUUACCAGAGUAUGUUUUCUAUAUAGAUAUUUUUAUUAUGUUGUUUAUUUAUGUAUGUAUAUUUAAAACAGAAAAAUAAUAAAAGUGUUAAAUAAAGA